AUGGGUGGGGCAGUUGCUCGGAAGGCGUUAACUUCCAAGGUGCAGGCAAACGCUCUGCUGGCAGACUUGGAGUCUACCACCUCCCACAUCUCCAAACGGCCUGUGUUCUUGUCCGAGGAGACCCCCUACUCAUACCCAACUGGAAACCACACGUACCAGGAGAUUGCCGUGCCACCUCCUGUCCCUCCACCACCGUCCAGCGAGGCCCUCAAUGGCACCAUCCUUGACCCUUUAGACCAGUGGCAGCCCAGCAGUUCCCGAUUCAUCCACCAGCAGCCUCAGUCCCCAUCACCUGUGUACGGCUCCAGUGCCAAAGCUUCCAGUACCUCCAACCCCCAGGACGACAUCGGUGUCUCUCCGUGUUCCCGAGUGGGCGAGGAGGAGCACGUCUACAGGUACUGUCCCAGCCCCUCCCCAGCCACCUGCCCCUCCUGCUCAGAAAUACCAGGGACCUGGCCAGGGUUGGAGGCACCUGAGGCCAGGGACCAGGCAUGGCAACUGGACCUCAGGGGGUUCUGCUUCUAG